AUGUCGGCGCCUAUGAACUUCUCAAUUCCCGACGACCUAAAGAAAUACCUCGCCGACCUUGAUGACUUCAUUGAGACCACGAUUCUCCCUCUUCAACACAAGGAUGAUAACAACCGCUUCUUCGACCACAGGCGCGAGCAUGCACGCACAGACUGGGACGCAGGCGGUCUGCCACGCCAAGAAUGGGAGGACUUGCUCUCAGAAUCGCGGCGGCUGGCCGACGAGGCCGGAUUCUACCGCCUUUCGCUGCCCAGGCAAUAUGGCGGGCAGAAUAGCGAAGACGGGCGCGGGAGCAAUCUGUGGAUGGCUGUCAUUCGCGAGCAUCUGGCUGCUAAGGGACUCGGCCUAUUCAACGAUCUUCAGAAUGAACACAGCAUGGUGGGGAAUUUCCCGGAUGUGAUCAUGCUGAUGAACUUCGGGUCCGAGAAGCAAAAGGCAGAGCUUAUUCCUGCGCGGCUGAGGGGCGAGUUCAGAAUGACGUUUGGCUUGACGGAGCCUGGGCAUGGGAGUGAUGCGACGCAUAUGUCAACUAAAGGCGUAGCAGAGAAGAGGAACGGGGUCAAUGGGUGGUUGCUGAAUGGACACAAGAAAUGGCAGACUGGCAUGCACCAUGCAACACAUUGCUCGAUUUUCGCAAGGACGAGUGGAAAGGAUGGCGAGAUCAAAGGAAUAAGCUGUUUCAUUGUGCCAAAAGAUACACCAGGACUCAAGGCUGAGUCAUAUGAAUGGACACUCAACAUGCCAACCGACCAUGCCACCGUCUCUAUUAAGGACGUCUGGGUCCCCGAUAGCGCAGCUCUAGGUCCCAUCCACAACGGCUUGGGGGUAGCACAAGCUUUUGUCCAUGAGAACCGCAUUCGUCAAGCCGCCUCCUCCCUCGGGGCAGCCGUAUACUGUGUCCAGCAAUCCGUCGAAUACGCGAACGAGCGCGCCCCCUUCGGCACUCCUCUCAGUCACAACCAGGGCAUCCAGUUUCCGCUCGUGGAGCUAGCAACACAGUGCGAGAUGCUGCGCCAACUGAUCCGUAAGACAGCACUGGAGAUGGAUUCGAUGCCACACAACGAAAUCGAGAAGAAGAUCGGCGACAAGGUCUCCAUGUGCAACUACUGGGCAAAUAGAUUGUGCACGCAGGCUGCUGAUCGCGCCAUUCAGGUCCAUGGCGGUAACGGGUACUCGAGACACUACCCAUUCGAGCACAUCUGGAGACAUCAUCGCCGGUACCGAAUUACUGAGGGCAGUGAGGAGAUACAAAUGCGCAAGAUCGCCGCGUAUUUGUUCGGCUUCGGUGGGCGGAAGAGCCUUGUGGAUGCCACGAAGUCAGAGUCAAAACUGUAG